AUGAGUGGUUCGGGAAAAGGUCUUCUAGGUCUUUGGCUCUAUAGAAACGGUUCUGAUUGGCAAGUAAAGAAUGAAUCUCCACACCAUCCUAAGCUCGGAGAGCUUCAUGCAGCAAGAGUCCAGGCUCAAGCAGAAAGCGAACGUAUUUCGGUGAUGUUUACAUUGAAAAACCAAGUUGGCGGACUAGUUCGGGCCUUAUCCGUUUUCCAAGACUUGGGUAUUAACGUUCUCCACAUUGAAUCCAGAAAAUCUAUGACUGAAGUUUCAUCUGCCGACAUCCUCGUGGACGUGGAGUGUGAUCCCCAAAGAAUGGAGCAACUGAAGAGGAUGCUAAAACGAGAAGUCCAAGACUUUGAGGUUGUACCACCGCAGACUGGUGAUGAGUUUCCUCCUCCAACGCCUAUGUCUGCUGCGGCAAGCUUCGAUUUCGGUGAGAUGCCCUGGUUUCCACGAAAGAUAUCUGACUUGGACCGCGCCCAAAACGUCCUCAUGUAUGGUUCGGAACUGGACGCCGAUCACCCUGGCUUCAAAGACCCGAUAUAUAGGAAACGCCGUGAACAGUUUGCGGCAAUCGCCAAUAACUAUAAGUAUGGCCAUCCGAUCCCGAAGGUGCAGUAUACUGAAACAGAAAUCAAAACAUGGGGAAUUGUGUUCCGUGAGCUUCACAAACUUUACCAGAAACACGCUUGUCCUGAGUACUUAGAGAACUGGCCCCAACUUGUCAAGUACUGCGGCUACAGGGAGGACAACUUGCCUCAGCUAGAAGAUGUGAGUUCAUUCUUGAAACGAAAAACUGGCUUUCAAUUGCGCCCUGUUGCCGGCUAUCUCUCGCCGAGGGACUUUUUAUCGGGUCUUGCUUUCCGUGUUUUCCACUGCACCCAAUACAUUCGUCACUCGUCUGAUCCUUUCUACACUCCGGAACCCGAUUGCUGCCAUGAACUUCUCGGGCACAUGCCGCUGCUAGCUAAUCCAAGUUUCGCGCAAUUCUCUCAAGAACUCGGCUUGGCGUCUCUCGGCGCGUCUGAUGCAGACAUAGAUAAAUUGGCUACCUUGUAUUUCUUCACGGUUGAAUUUGGCUUGUGUCGUCAACCGGAUGGCUCUUUUUGCGUUUACGGAGCUGGACUGCUUUCGUCUGUGGCUGAACUCCAACAUGCCCUCACUACGCCGGAAAAAAUAAAGCGUUUCGACCCCGAUAUUACUGUACAUGAAGAAUGCAUCAUCACUUCAUACCAAAACGCUUAUUAUUAUACCGAUUCCUUUGAAGAGGCGAAGGAGAAAAUGAGAGCAUUUGCUGAAAGCAUACAACGCCCUUUUGGAGUCAGAUACAAUCCAUACACUCAAAGCGUCGAGGUACUGAGUAAUGCACAGAAGAUUACUGCUCUGGUCUCUGAGUUACGAGGAGAUUUGUGCAUUGUGUCUUCGGCUAUAAAGAAAAUAUCAGCUCAGGAUUCGACAUUAGAUGUAGAGUCGAUUGCUAAUAUGCUUCAUACUGGUCUUCAGGUUCACGAUCGGAGUCCACAGAGCACGUCUGGAGCGAGCACUCCUAAUUCUGAACGCGGUACUUCGCCAGCAAGGCUAGAGAAAACCGAAGAAACUCUUAAAACCGACGAAGAAAAACCAACUAAAAACUAA